UUCUCAAAGGAAUACCCACAAUUCAGGCAAUCCUUAUGCCCCCUUUGGGAGUGACAAGAAGGAAGGAGAACCAAUUCUAAUACCUCUGAAGUUAGUGCAGAAUCCAGAUCAGUCUGAAUAUCCACCAACGGAUUAUGGGUUUGAGCGGGCCAGUACAAACCCACAUGGAAAGGCACAUGUUAAUCCUUCCUUCGAGUAUGAACCAGAAUCUGAAGGGAUAUUACCUACUACCAGCCGGGCUUUCAAUAUUCAGAAUGCAGACAGUUAUUCAGAUGCAUCAGAGAGAGUUAAUAUUGUCCAGAGGCGUAGCAGGCGAUCCAAUUAUGCAACUUUUGCCAGGCCCAGCUUGCUUCGUUUAGACCCAGAAUAUAUAGAAGCAAAGAGAAAAGAAGAGGAAAAAUUAAUCAAUGAUCUGUCAAGGAUGUCCACGCAUGAAAGAGUUAGAGCAAUCCAGAAGAUUCCCAAAUCAAUGAAAGAAAAACGAGAGAUUAGGAACCGUGUUCUAACAGAAAGAAAAAAGAAGUCCUACAACCAGGAUGCUCAUCUUAAUUGUUGUGCCCAAUGCUUCUACAACAUUGCUUUGUUCUUCAGGCAGUUAAAGAACAGUUUUGUUGACUGCCUUCAGCUCUUCCAGUUUUGGCAGAAGACACUCAAAGACAUUGGCAGCCAAUUUGGGACCAGCAUCCAUUCCUACUUUGUGUUCCUGACGUGGCUUCUCACGUUCAACAUUUUCUCAUUCCUGAUCAACUUCAGUUUUCUUGCAAUUCCUCAACUCAUUGCUUCCCAACCAAAUCACCUUUCCUUCACAAGUCUGGAGUUUUUGACCGGAGCUGGUUACUUUACAAACACGGUUCUCUACAGCGGCUUUUAUACCAACGGUACAGUAGGAAAAAUUGAGAAUGGCUCGCCGUAUUACAUGCAACUGGCUUACAUUUUCACAAUUGGGAUUUAUUUUAUCAUCUGCUUUCUGAGCUUGAUCUACAGCAUGGCGAAAUCCUUCCGUAACCACAUCGUUAUGCCUCAGAUGCACUCCCGAAACGCUGCCAAGCUUCUGUGCAUCUGGGAUUUCGGUGUGGUGGAUGAGAAAGCCGUACAGAUGAAUCAGAAAAAUAUCAGCACGCAAAUCAAGGAGGCCCUCUCCGAAAUGCACGUUGAAUCUCUAAAUCUCUCCCUGCAACAAAGGGUCCUUCGCAUCUCGCUUCAUCUGGCCAUGUGGUCUCUCUCGUUGGGUUUGGCAGUGGGUUCGUGUGCUGGCAUUUACUUCUUUUCCCUUGUCAAUUUAGAGUUAUUUCUGAAUGAGAAAAAUACCCAGCUGCAAAAUGAAGCCGCCAUGCUGAUCUUGCCUAUCGUGGUGAGCCUCUUUAACCACGUGAUGCCGUUCCUAUACUCCUUCUCCCGCUUGGUUGAAAAGUUCACCUAUCCCAGGCACCAGAUCUACACUGCUAUUAUCAGGAAUGUCAUCCUGAAAAUAUCAAUCAUUGGAAUCCUCUGCUACUACUGGCUCAACAUAGUAGCUCUAUCCAAAGUGGAGUGCUGGGAAACCUUCAUUGGCCAAGAUAUAUACCGGCUGCUUAUAGUUGACUUUGUCUGCUGCCUCCUUGGUUCGUUCUUUGGUGAAUUUCUACUACGACUUAUCGGCACGAAAUGCUGUAAAAAACUUGGCGUGCCAGAAUUUGACAUUGCUCGAAAUGUUUUGGAUUUGAUCUACGCUCAGACUUUGACCUGGAUUGGAAUCUUCUUCGCCCCUCUGCUUCCUGUCAUCCAGAUGAUAUCGUUUUUCAUAAUCAUUUGUGUGAAAAAGAUCAGCCUGCUGAAGAAUUGCCAGCCUCCACGCAAAGCUUGGCGAGGGUCGCAGAUGAACACAGUUUUUGUCUUCCUGCUCUUUUUCCCGUCUUUUGUCGGAGUCCUCUCGGUCGUCGCGGUCACUGUCUGGAGACGGAAGCCUUCAGAAACAUGUGGUCCUUUCCGAGGACUAAAAGCCCCCUUUGAAGCUAUCUCUGGUUGGAUCUCAGUCUUAUCUUCUUCCCCGAGCUCAGGAUGGGUCGUGUGGAUCUAUCACAACUUAAUCAAGAGCACCCAUUUCUUCUUCAUCCUUUCCAUCAUUGUGUUGAUGCUCAUAUACUUUUUCUUGCAAGUCAUCAAUGGACGAAAAACAAUGGUCAAACUGCUACAAGAGCAAAUUGCUAAUGCAGGCAAAGAUAAAAUGUUUCUACUGAAGAAAUUACGUGCGCUGCAAGCUUCUAAGCUGCCCCCUUUGAGAAGGCAGCCAGAGAGGGACCUGUCUCUGAACCAGCUACCUAGGGAGCAAAGCUCAAUUUUACUGCCCAGCUGCGUGGACCCCUUUCUAUGGACCGAAGAUGGAGAGUCUUCUACUGAGUCUGCUAGACACCCUGGGAUGGCCACUUUUAAUUCUGGGGCUGGCGAAAUAACCUGGAAUGCUGGACCAUCGGAUGCUCUGGUUUUGGCUUUGAGAGCCAGACAAGAGGCUGAACAAGGAAACGGAAAGCUUGAAGAAAGCUUGAAGUGGAAGUGAAGAAUGAAGUAUUGUAAUACACACAUCCCACCAAGCACUUUUUAUCUAGAAUUUUGCUAUUUGUACAAAUAAGGUAAUUGUAAAAAUGAGAAAUUUUUAAAUAAAAUUACUGGGCACUUUUACAUUUGAUGAGGUUUUAUUUUAUUAUGACUUCAGAAAAUGAAGGCACAAAAUUAUUCCUUAUGACAAGAAUCUCUCUCCACACCUCACCAAAACUUAUUGUACAAUCGAGGAAAUAGGCUUCAUUAAUUAAUUGCAUCAUGGAAAUCUGACAGUAAGGUAAUAUAAUCACCAGGAAUAAUUCCUUAAACAUCAUUAUCUUCUCUCCACAUUUAUUCCUUU